AUGAGUGAAAGCUUAUAUAAUGUAUCACGUUCUUCUUCUGAUUUAUUUGUUGGAUCACCAUCUAUAGCAAAGAAAACAAUAUUCUCUAAUAAGAAAAAGCAACAAAAGUUAAAAGAUAUUUAUGAAUUUUGGGGAUUUUUAUGGUCACAAAUGUUUAAAAUACUUCAGGAACAUUGUGAUGGAUUAUAUUUAACUAGAGUACCAUGGAAAAUAUCAAUUAACCAAUUUGCUCCUGCAGUAAAAAUUAAGUAUUUAACACUUAUUAAUAUUUUCAGUUAUUCUACUUCAAUGUCACGUAUUGAUCUUCGAUACACUGGACCACAUGGAGUUCAAACAAUGCAUGAAUUAAUUCAAGGGUAUGUAAUCAAACAGUAUAUUAGAAAACAACCACUAUUAGAGACGUGUUGUAGUAAAACAAAUGAUUUAUUAAAACUAAUGCAACAAAUGGUACCAAUGUAUUAUUUAUAUGAUUAUGGAACAAUUGAAUUUGAUUCAGUAAAAUAUGAUCAUUUAAUUUAUUCAGUUAUGGUUCCAUUCAUAGAAACUACAGGAAAUGGAUUUAUUUCAGUUAGUAUUGGAUUUUUACUUCCAGAAAAAGGAGAAAUAAAUUAUGAAAAAAUUUAUGAUAUGAUUAAUUUAUUUAUGUGGAAUUUUGUUCAAAAACAUAUUGCUACUCAAGGAAAAGGUGAUAGUAGUCAAGCGACAUUAUUAAUUGGACUACAGUCAUUUGUUCAAUGUUUAGAAGAAUAUAUUGUUACUAUUGAUAUUGAUUAUAGAAAAAGAUUAGAAAAUCUUAAAACUUUUGAAAAAGACAAGAAAAAUAGAUUAAAAAGAAAACCUUCUGAGCAUUGUUCAUUACUUUUAUCUCAAGAAGCUUUAAAUUUAAGUUAUUCUAGUCUUAAUUUAUCAGGAGAGUCUGAAUUAACUUUUAGUAUGGAUGAAGAUCAGUUCCCAACUCAAAGAAUAACACAAACGCCUGGUAAAAUUUUAUUAAGAAGAAAAUUAAGUCGUUUAUCAGAACAACCUAUGGUUGGGAUAGAUACUAACUCUCAAACUGAUUUAGAAGAAAAUAACAGAAUUCAAUUAGAAGGACAAUUUUCUUUUGUUAAGGAAUGUUCUAAUGAAAUAAUAGAAAAUAUCCUUUAUGGUCAUUUAAUGUCAUUUACUACUAUUGUUAUUCCUGCUGAUGGUAGAAAUCUUAAUGGAAUAAGAAGGUUAUUAUCUCCUUUUAAUACUAUUAGUAUUUAUAAACCAAAGACUGUAUUUGGACAUUCUAUCGUUUCUGUUCUUAAUCCAUUAAUUGAUGUUUCUUUUAUGAUGGAAAUACCUAAUUCACUUGAAACACUUAUGGGAUUUCCAUAUUGUGUUAUAGAUUUAACUAAUGGAGAAGUUUAUUUAUCAGAAGAAGUUAAUACAUAUGAUUAUUUCUUACAACGUUCUUCAAUGUUACUUAGUAUAUUUAAUAGUAAUAUGGAACGGUCUAUGAUUGUUUCACCAUCAGGUAUGGAAAUAAUAGAUGGAACAAAUCUUUUUACUGAUUGGCGUAAAGUUUUAAUAAGUAAUCUUGAAAGAGGUGAAUAUAAAAUAUUUGAUGCAGUAUUAUUAAAAAUGGUUGAAUGGCUUAGGAUGAAAUCAAGAAUACUCUUUUCUUUUAUGAGUCUUGGAUAUUUUCAAGAAAUGGAUAUGAUGUUUAUGGUUCAACUUAAAAUAAUGUUAAAUUGUAAAGACCUUGAAGACCUUAUGUCUAUUGUUGCUAUUGUUAGAUCUGGGCAACCUUCUCUUGCAGAUACACUUCUUCAAGCAAUAAGUAGAGCAAUUACAACAAGAAAAGAGAAAAUAGGUAAAUCAUUUAUUUAA